AUGACGGAGGCGAUCGAAGGCGUAGAGGAGCGCGCGAGCGGUGAAGUGGCGGUUCCGCCGUCGCUCGCGCCGCGAGUGGCCAUAGUGGCCACGGAGUUGAUCGGAUCGAUCGACGGCGAGGCGUUGGUGGGGGAUUUUGUGCGCGCGGCGGAGGAUUUGAGAGCGCGCGCCAAGUUGGAUGGCAACGAGGAUAGGGUCGACGAAGACGUAGACGCGACAAAUGUGCUCUCGGUGAGCGAUAUGCGCGAUUUCAACUCUAGGUGUGAGACUCUGCGCAAGCGCGGCUUGCUCAAGGGCGUGGGUAAGAGGGAGAUGGUGAAGGUGUUGGCGAUGCUCGAGUGCGUAGCAAGGAGCGGAAGCGACACGCUCAUCGGCGUAAACGAACAGACACGAGGGAUAAACGCACAGCGCGCGCUCAAAGCGGUGGAGGCGAUUGGGGCAUAUUUCGUCAUCUUGUCCGCGUCGGACAUGCCGAAGGAGAUAUACCGCGAGGAGGGAAUUGAUCAAAUGAUUGAGUACACAAAGAAACAUUUAGUGCGAAACGUCUUCGUGUUCUACAACGCCGGGUGUUGGAACGUCCAUCGCGGCAGCGAGGACAAUAAAGGCGACGUCGCGGACGAUCCAAUGAGUACGAAGAAGAAGACACCGGCGAGUAAAGGGAAGUUAUCGGGAACGAGUGGGUCCCUGGGACAAAAGGUUGCGAAGAUGUUGGAGGCAAAAAUAGGCGUCGCUCUCACAAACUUGGCGGGCUUGAUCUCAGUGCUGUCGCUUCCCGAUGCGACUGUGUUACAGCUCACGUCGUUGGCUUUCUCUACGUUUGAGAUUGAAGACGGCGUGAGCUUUACGCAGAUCAAAGCGGUGGAACUCGUCGCAAGCAUCUUUUCGCAUUAUUCAGAACAUCGCGGAUUCGUGAUAGACAACAUCCUGAACACCUUGAUGAAGCUUCCGACCGAGAACCGUUUCACGCGAGGAUUCAACGUUCCCUGUGAAAAGGAAAUACACAUUCAAGUCACGAUGGCUCUGCUGAUGAAGUGUCUGCAAGGCACCGUUGAAUUCACCGACGUCGAGAAACCGACCAAAUUGUCGACCGGUGAAGAGUCGAAGUCAACGGAUGUUCACACUCGCGCAUUCGGGUCAGCGUUUUACUGGACCAACUACUUUUGGAACGAUUUACUGACGAAAUGGCCAAAGACGAAAGCGGUGGAGAACGAGCGUCAGGUUCGAUCCGUGAUCAACAACGCGCUCGGAGACGCUCUGGCGUGCAGAAAUCUCCCAGAGUGGCCCGUGUCGAAUCUUUUGGUUCUUAACCUCGCGGGCAAUCUCCUCGGGAGUACUGGUUUACAGUGUAAAGACUCAAAGAUUCGAGAGGUCGCUGUAGACUUUCUCGGACAAGUUGCGUCAAAGCUUCGGGCGGAUACGAAGGCGGACCAAGCGAGUGAAUUUUCGCGCAAACUGCCUCGAGUGGAGGAUUUAGAUUUCACUUCCAACGCCGAGACGCUGUACGAACGCGCCAUACAUUUCGCGUAUCAGGAUUUCUUUAUAGUUCAGAACAAGGUAGCGUCGGUGGGAGAGGCUACGGCCGUGGUGGACUACAACGAGGCCAGAGCCGAAACAUUUGUGCUGGAAUCAAUUCUCGUUCGAUACUUGGCUGAGAACAAUUGCGGCGGCGCUUCGACGACCUCCACGCGUGAGAAUGAAGAAGACGUCGAUGGACGACCUACCAGCGAUGAAGGUACUGAACCUGCCGCGCACGCUCGCUUGACGCUGAACACGUCCGCGAUGUCGUACCACUUGUGUCAAUGCGCUCGGGACGCAGAGCGCGCGGGUAUCGGCUUUCGACAAGACCUUGAAGCGGGAGGAUCGCGGUCGAUGUACAGCGCGUUGUACGCUCCCAUGGUACGAAUCGCCGAGACCGCUCGUAGCGCCGGUCGAGGAUCACAUGCGAGUCUUCCUCGCGAUCUCGCGGUGGCUCUGUGUCUGCACCUCAACUUGCGUCGACCGCUUGCACGUCAGAUUGAUGUACUCGUGCAACGCCUGACCAGUAUGCUCGACGAUCCGAGCGUCCUGGUGCGAACGAGCGCGACGAAAGCUAUCGGAAGUAUGGUGUACGAAGACUCGCAGCUUUUAGAAUCACCAGAGAUCGUUCGUGCGCUCCAAUUCAGGUUGAAGGACACCGGCUCGUCAGUGCGCGCCGCCGUCGUCGACGUCAUCGGUAAGCAAGUGGUUCAAAAUAUCGAUUUGGCGGAAAAAUACUACGAGCUAAUCGAAGAUCGCGUGUCCGAUGUCGGUGUCUUCGUGCGCAAGCGCGUGGUCACGAUCCUCCAAGAGUGCGUACGCAAUCCACGGUUUACAAAAAGAGAUCAGGCGAUGCAAGUGCUCGCGUUUCGCAUAUUAGACGAAGACGAAGGACUACGAUCACAAAUCGUGAAAUUUUUCCGACAAGUAUGGUUCUCGCCGUUCGGUUGUGGCUCCGAUUCUGACGAUGAUCGUCGCGGCGACGAUGAGGGCGAUGAAAACCGUCGCACUUCCAUGGCUGACGAUUCGUCGCAUCUGGCCAUCCUGCGCGACUGCGACGGCCAGGAGAAUGAUGCCGUGGCGGAUCGAGCGCAUCAGUUUGUCAACGUCUCCUGGAAUAUACAUACACUCGUCUCUCGGAACGGCAAGCAAAAACUACCUUUGCUGUCGUCUUUUCCGAUGGUUGCCAUUCUGAGCGCGGUGUUAUUCCCGAGUGAAGAUGAGAAGCUAGAUGCCUGGGUCAACGUGAGCAGCAUGCAGGUAGUCGCGCGAAAAUUGGCGUCCCAAAUGCUACACGCUCUCAUCGAGAGUGAGUCGGAAGAGGGACGUCGGUUCAAUGCGCUCGACACUUCCGCGGAUGUGGAAGAAGAGGCGACGGGUGUCGUCCUUGAGGACGAGCUAGUCGCGGGAGUGACGCCGGAUGCGGUACCAAUGAGCGUCAAGUACGCCCUCGGCUUGCACAUACUCACCGUCGUGGACCCAGUGCUGUGUCUACCCAAGGGUGACACGACCUACUUCGCCGUCGCGUUGCAGCCGUAUCUCAAGCGUGUGGACGACCGCACACCCUUCGUCAGUGAAAAGCUGCAGUGCUGCAUGUCCGUCAUACACAUGGUCGCCAAACACGCCGGACGUCUCCCAUCGAAAGUGGCAAAGGAAGUCGAACGAGAUCUUCGCAUCCUGCUGCUCCGUCAUCACGAUAAAUCAGUGAUUUAUUACGCGUGCAAAACGUUGUGCGCCGUCGCGGAGACGCGCGGGAGCAAAGACAGUGGAACAAUAUCCAUGCUCCAGCGUUUCAUCUCAAUCAUCCUCGAGAACAUUCAAGACGGCAAGCCACUCAGCAAGCAGAAUAAAUCUCACUGCGCUCGGUCGUUGUACGUGCUCGGUAACAUCGCCAGAUUCGGUGCUGACGUUAUCGAGGCCGCCGUUGAGCGAGGAGAUUGCGAAAUCACGAUUCAGGAUCUCCUUCGUGUUUUCCGCAAGGCGCUCGAGUCUCAGCCUGACGGCGAAUACGAACUCAUUCGAGAUGCUCUCGGAGCGUGCGGAGAUUUAUUCGUCGCUCGACCUGAAUUGAUGUUCAAUAAAGAAGGCGGCUUCGGUAAGGGUAGCUUUGACGCGAUCAUGCGAGCCGCGCUAGCGACGGACUCCGAGCGCUGCCUCAAGGAGCAGGCGCUAUCAAAUCUCAACGAGUUAAUCCACGAGGAAGAGUUCCGAAUGACGGCCACGUUUGGCGGCGGCAACGGCGCGAACACCGCUGGAGAGAACGCUACCGUGGCUUCGACGAAGGGUUCAGUGCUCAAGUCGGCUGAAAAGCGCUCGCGAGAAGCGGAAAGGUUGCAAAUCGUGAACGGUCAGAGCGAUCGGUCCAUUGCCGGCGGCAUCGCACAGCGCUACUGGGAAGACGUGUUGACGCUGUGCAUUGAUUCCGCCCACAUCGUCCGCUUGAAAGCGCUCCACUUGGUCGAAGUCAUUCUCCGCCAAGGAUUGGUCCAUCCGGCAAGCGCGUUCGCCACACUGAUUGCGUUACAGGUCGAUCCAAUUCCGAGCGUCAAACGUUUGGCGCGCAAGCUCCUGAAGGCGCAGGUGCAGCGCCACGGCGAAUUCUUCGAGCAUCAACUCACGAACGGCGUCGAGCUUAUGUACACGUUCAAGAAGAGACUCGAAAACGGCGUUCGUCGGCGCCGCGGGAACGCACAAAUGAACGCUCCCGACGCCGCUAGCGGGUUUGCUUUUGUCUACGGAUUGGUGAACUCCUCGAGGACGUCUCGAAACGCUUUUUUGAACACGCUCCUGCGACGCUUCGAAACAUCGAGUGGGGCAUCGGACGCGCUUUUCUUGCGUUUCCUCGCCAGCGUCGUCACCGAACUUCCAUUCACGUCAGUGGAUGAGGCGCUGUACGUCAUCUUCCAACUCAACCGAGUGCUCUCACUCAAGGGCGGUCUCCUGCUCGAGCACCUUAACCAAGGUGUGCAGGCUUCCGCGACGAAACCCGAAGAAACCGUGCCCGAGGACACGUUCAGGAAAGACGUCGAACUCGCGUCCGCUCUGAUUGUCGUUUUACUUCUCAAGUCGCACAUCAAAAGGGCGUACGAGUUAUCAGAUGCGCGCGUGGCCUCGUACGUCCCGACGGAGGCGACGAGAAACGCCGAGGUGGUACGAUUCAACUCGGACGUCAAGUUUGAGACCAGUGAGCUCGUAGAUGCCACGGCGGGCCAAUCCCUUCACGCCGCGCGAACCGUAGUGGAGACGUUUCGCGAUCUCAUGACUCGAGACGCAAGUGACUUCGCCCAGGACAUGUUUAAGCGGACGGCAACAAAAAGACGGGGAAGAAAAGCCAAGGCGGAUAGCGCCGGCAUGGAGAGUGAUCUAAAGACGAGUACUCCGAAACGUAAACGCGGACGCGUCGUGGUUUACGACGAAGACGAAGACGAAGACGAAGACGAAGACGAAGACGAAGACGAAGACGAAGACGAAGACGAAGACGACCAAGAUGAAAACGACGCGGCGGCUCCCGGUCUCCAAUCCGCCGGAAUUAGAUUGACGAACAAGCACGGUCGAAAAUCAGCGUCGACGAACGCGAAGUCGCCGAAAAAGACACCCCAAAAGACGCCGAAGAAACUGAGAUUCUAG